ACGUCUGGACAUGACCCACCCUGUGAUCAAGCAGACCCGGGAGAAGCCCAGGGCAGUAUUAGGGGUGUUGACGGAGAGGAUUAUGACAUCACAACCAUGCCAGGUCACAAACAAAGUCCGGAAGGUGGAUAUGCAGGAGCCACCGUGAGCGCCUGCGUGGCCCUGAGCGUGAAGGCCUCUAUGAAGCAGAGUGGCAGUACUCAGACAGAAAGUGAUGUGUCGCUGAAGAUUCCUGAAUAUACUGUCAUUGCCUUCAGUCUAAUUGAACUCAAGGUCAAACCCAAUGGAAAGUUUGAGCUGUGCCUCAUCCGCAACAAUGGGGGCUUUGAAAAAGUUAGGUCAAAUUACGAGAUGGAAGAGGAUGGAAUUAUGGGCCUGAGAGGCGACUUUGCUCCCAACAGCCCCCUAAAUCUGAACAAAG